UACAAUUUUAAAAUGUCAUUCUAAAGAAAGAUCUAAUGUAAUAUUUUUGUUUUUAGCAUGUGCUGAUUUAGUGGAAAAAGCAACAGAAGAUGCUAGAUCAUCUCGAACAUCGAUACAGGGUGAGUCAUUGCUUCUUCCCUUACUGCAAGGUCUUCUCGAUAAGCCCGAAACGGAACAACCCGCCGCCGAUUCCGGUACAGAAUCCGGCGAGGAUCUCCGCUCCGGUUUAAUCCAAGAAGUCCAAACGGCCUUGGAUAAAUUAACAUUUAGCUUGAAAAAUCCUUCGACAACUAUGUCGGAGGAGCGCCGGAAUUCCCUUCUUCAAUUAGUCACAAGACUUCAACAAGGACUUUCAUCUCAAUUAACCCCUUCAAGUUCUUACGAGAGACGAUCAAGUUUACAAGGAAAUUUAAGUCGAAGAAAACAAAAUCGUCAUAGCAGACAUACAGUUGGUGUUACGAGUGAGGAAUUAGAGGAUGCGCGAAGAUUAAUGGAAGAAAUUGGAUUGGGGGGGAUGCCCCAAGAACAAAAUGUUGUUUUAGGAAGCGUUAAAGUUAAAAAUUCGAUAGCUAAGCCGUUUAUAAGUACCCAAUCUAGUCAAAGUCAAAGUGGAACGUCUUCAACUGUUGAUACUCCAACGGAAACUUCGGAAUCAAUCGAUUUUGGAAAUUCGAAAGAAUUAAAAGUUUUUAAUAAUAAUAAAAAAGAAUCGGAUACUGAUGAAGAUAGCACUAUUAAAAUUAAAAACGGAGAUAAGCAACAACCAAAGCCGGAUCUUAUCAUGCAAACAAAUCCGAUUUAUCAUCAAAAUCGUUCUAACGAAGAAAGUGAUGAUGAAUUUAAUAAUCAAUAUAACGAAAAAGCGAAUCGUUUUAACACAAAAAAAUUAAAAAUGAAGAGAGCGAAUACGAUCGAUAUUCCGAAACCGUUAAAAUAUUACGAAUGUGAUGACGAUGAAUCGGAAAACGAAGAAAUUGGUCGAAGAAAUAGUUAUUUAGCUUUAAGGGGGCCAAUUCACGUUGGAAAAUUUAACGUUUCCAAAAAAGUACCUCAAUUUGAAGCGAAAACCGAGAACGAUAAAAAAUUUUUGGCGUUUAUUAAUAAACAAAACGAUGGGGAUCAAAAUCCACCGAUAAAAACGCCGUGGAUUAAAUCUAAAUCAACCCCAAUUUGGAGUAAUCAUAAUUCCCAAGGUGGCUUAGGAAAAAUUAAAAGUAAUUUUGAACCGAAAAGUCCCACUGCGAAUGUUAAUUCGGCAAGGAAUUUUUGGAAAAGUGCCGAUGAUGCCGUAACAGCGGGGAAACAAAAAACUUUUGGCCCUAAAAUUAGUAGGCAAAGCGCGAGGAAUUUGCAAGAGAUGUUUGAAGAGAAACAAAGGAAAAAUCGCGAGGAUAAAUGGAACGAUAAAAAUGUUGUUACUGGAUCGUUAAAGGUUGACACGAAAAAUUUAGAAACUAAUAAAAUUAAGGUUAUUGCCCAACCAAAUCCUGUUAAUAAAUUUAGUUAUAAUCCGAUGAUGUCAGCUUUUCGACCGGUUAAACCACAAAAGAAUUUGUAUAAAGAAAAUAAGGAAUCUGAUAAAGAAAUUAAAGAAUUAAAAGACGGCGUUUCUUAUUUGUAUAGUCCAAAACCGUUCUCGCCCCAAGAUUCGCCUUCAUCACCGGUUGGAAACACUCCAUGGUGUUCAAAAUCAAACGAAAAUAGCCGCGUUUUGAGUAUAGCAGCGUCAAGAUUCGAGAAUCAAAAAGGAAUGGAUCAAAAGCCUUUGAAUUCGCCGAAUAUUGUGAAAAAUUUGAACCAAAAUAGAAACUCUGUAAGAAAACUUAGCGGCCAAUAUGACAGUUUGAGUCAAAAUUUGAAUUACAAUCAAAGGGUGUUUAUUCCAGGUGAAAAUUAUACGAUUUCUUAUCAGAAUCAACCUCAAGAAAUUAAAAAACCUAAUAUUUAUAACGCUGAGUAUACGAUAACACAAAAAAUUAAUUUUCCAGUUCCGAUUGUAUCUAAUGUUGCUAAUAAUGUAGUUGAUGAUGUUGUUUCUGAUGAGGUUGAGCACAAUUUGAAGCAACAAGAAUUGUUAGAAAGUUUACGAUUUAAUCAACCCGAUUUUGUGCAAGAUACAAAAUCGGGAUUUGAACAUCAAAAUGUUAAUGCGUAUCAACCAAGCUAUGAGAGUGAUUAUAAUAAAUAUCAAGGUGAUGAUAAACAAUUUACUUCUAAUUAUCAAUUUAAACCGGAUUUAAAUCGAAAUGAAUUUAUGGGGAAUAAACAAAAUAAUUAUUUUGAUGAUGAAUCAAGUCCAAAUCAAUUUUCUAGACAUCCUCAAGGAGAUUUCCAGAAAAGUUAUCAUCAAAUUGAUGAGGUUCAAAAAGAUUAUCAUCAAAAACAACUUAAAAAUCUUAAAAAUAAUGAUAAUUAUCAAAUAAAUCAUCAAAAUGAUCACAUUCAAGAACACACACCUGUAAAUAGUCGUGUUAUGACCGGCCCAAUUGGUCAACAAGCAGUUAUGGUCCAAAGUAAUAGUCCAAAAAAACGAGAAGAACACGAUUUUGAUUUGGCCUUAAAUUUAAGGAGUUCCCUCCAAAAAUUGAGUCAAACGCAAAAUCAGGACUUAAAAGAACCGAAAUCGCCUACAUCCAAAGGAUUGGUUGUUUAUAAUAAUGUAGCCCCAAAUUUGAGCCCAACGAGAAAGCCGAUGGUUUGUUUAAACGAUAAACCGAUGGAGUCAUUAGAAAUUAAUGAAGAUGGGGAAUCGGUUUUGACAAGUAAAUUUCACAUCCAAGUAAAAAAACCUGAUUUGCAAGCUAAUGUCUUAUCAAAAUCGGAAUCUUGGCACCAAAUUUGUCAAGGGAAAGAGUUGGUUGCGAAUAAACCAUCACCGAGAGCAUCACCGAAUAGCCGAUUAGUGACAAGAUCAAAAUCGAGUCACUCAUUAGCCGUUCCUAAACAAUACGAGGCUGGAAUGUCGAAACAAGAAAUGGCCGAGAAACAAAAAAGCCUCGAAGCUUAUUUUGGAGGAAAAAAUCAAAAUCAAUUUCAAAAUAAACCAAAAUCAUCGAUAAACAGAGUAAAAACGUCGCAAAAAAUCUCAACGCAACGAUCUCAAUCGAUUUCGUCAUCUUCAACGUCUUUAGAAAGGAGUUUUACUCAAGGGCCGGUGACAACAACAUCCCAAGUAACUUCUCGAGUGACAACCGAACAAAUAACAAAAAAACCGAUGUCUCCAUUCGCUAAAUUUAGACAACUGGAUAAGCAGAACAGUCUAAAUUCGCCACCGAGCACUCCUAAAACGCCUACGGGGAGCGGUUCCUUCUUUAAAUUCACUGAUCCCGCCCUAAAUCAAAGCGCGAACACGAUCAAACAGAGGUUAUUGCAGUGGUGUCAAAGGAAAACCUAUGGAUACCAGAACGUCCAAUUAGAUAACUUUUCGACAAGCUGGGCAGAUGGCAUGGCAUUUUGCGCCUUAAUCCACCAUUUCUUACCGGAAGCUUUCGACUAUGAUGCCCUCAACCCGAAGAAUCGAAGGCAUAAUUUUACCCUCGCCUUUCAAACAGCCGAAGAUAAGGCGGGGAUAGCUCCACUUCUUGACGUUGACGACAUGGUAGCCAUAAGCAAACCGGAUUGGAAAUGCGUCUUUACUUAUGUUCAAGCGAUUUAUAGGCGAUUCAAAGAUGAAGAUUGAAGAUUUUUUUGGUUUUUCAAUCGCAUUUAUUUAUUUUUUUGGUUUUAUUUUCUUUCUGUGAUUCAUACUCUUUUUAAAGGGUGCAACUAUAAAAAAAUCGUUACAAAAAAAUGUUACAAAACAAUACUGUCAUCAUCUGUCCAAAACUAUAUUAUUUUUUUACUCUGCUACGCUAUAAUGUUACUCCUAAUACCUUGUACUCGCUUAUUUAUUAACUAUUAUUAUUAUCUACGUAUUUGUUAAGUUUUUCACGUAUUAUACAUGUUUAUCUUGUGCCGUUUUAAACAAAAAGGGAUGUUGCUUUUCGUAUUUGUUUACCAAUUUUUGCGCAUUUAAAAAAAUAAUUAUUUCAAUUUGAUUUGUGUGUUGAGGAGAGGGGUGAGGAUUAUUUGAGAUGGUGAAAAGACGAGUUUAUGUACGCCUUUAUAAUGUUAAAAAAAAUAACAGAGUUUAUAUCUUUUUAUAAGAUUUCUAACAAUAAAUAUAAACAAAUUUA